AUGGGAAACUAAAAAUAAUUUAAGAAUAUAGACUAGAUAAUAUAAAAAUAGGACCAAAAAGCAAAAGAGAGAUAGAGCGAAUUUGAGGUAGAUUGUAACUCUUUCAUUUAAUUUAAGCAAUUUUGUCAAAUAGAUUGAGUCAGAAAAUUAUCUGA